AUGGAACAGACAGAUGAUUGUAGACACAGUCCUAUAAAUAGUAAUCAAAAAAAUGAUGCUGAUAAGGGAAAUUUGGAUAAUGAAAAUGCAGAAGAAUUGAAAAAAAAAAUUAUCGAUUUAGAAUUGCAACUAGAAUAUGAAAUAAAUCGGCACGAAGAUGAAAUUAAGGAGAGAGAUGAAGCACUAAAACAAAUGGAAGAAAAACUUAUUGAAAUGGAAAACAUCAAAAGUGAGAUGGAGGAAAAAGAUAAGGCCAUUUUAAAUUUAAGUGAAAAAUUAUUAAUAAUGUCAAAUAAAUAUGAUAUUUUAGUAAAAGAAGGUAAAUUAAAGGAUGAAGAAAUAAAACAUAUUAAAAAUAAAAAAAAAUAUAAAAAGCAGGCAACUGAUGAAUAUAUAGCUACAAUGAAAAAACAAAAUGAUGAAUUUAAAAAUGAUAAUGAUGCAAUACAUGAAAAAUAUGAUCAAUUAUUAAAAGAACAUGAUACACUUACAAAAGAUUACAAAUCGUUAGAAGAUGAACUAAAUAAGAAUAUAAACGAAUUAAAUCUUGAAAAGACGAAAAAAAUGAAUGAAUAUGACGAAAUUGUUGCUCUUAAAAUGUUAAAUAUGGAUAAGGAACUAAGGCAAAAGAGGCAUACAGAAAAUGAUGAAGAACAUUCUCUUAAAUUAGAGCUAAAGUACAAAGAUAUGAUAAUUAAAAAGUUUAUAAUAAAAAAAGAAAAAGAAAAAAAUUUAGAAAAAAAGGAAUUUGGAAACAAAGAAGACAAUAAUAAUAAUAUCAAUGAGCAGAUUGUUAAUUAUGAGAAAAAAGUGAAUGAAUUACACCAAAAAUGUUUAGAUUCUCAAUAUGAUCAAGCCCAAUUGAAGAAUAAAAUAACUAAAUAUAGUAACAUUAUUGAUGAUCUUAAAAAAGAGAACAAUGAAUUGUUGGAAGUUAUUAGUACAUUAAGGGAGUACAUCAACACAACAUAUAAAGAAGACACAGGCAUUCACCAAUAUGACGAUCUAAUAAAUAACCUCCUAAAAGAGAAUGUCACAUUGAAUGAAGAAAUUUCUAAACAGAAAAAAAAGAAUAUAGCUGAUGUGUACUAUUACAAUAAGGAAUUGCAAAUGUUGCAAAAUGAUAAGAUGAAAAUUAUUGAAAAGUUUGAUAUAGCAAAUAAUAGUGUUCCCCAUUUAUAUGAGCCAUUAAAUGUAACAUUACAUGAGAAAAAAGGAGAUGAAAAAAAAAAAAAUUGUUACAAAAAUAGCCACGGAACCAUCACACAGGAAUUUUCAAAUAAUUCGAAGGAUACUAACUUAAUAAAAGGAAAUUCAGAUUAUCCAAAAGAUUUAGUAAUUAAUGAGGAUUUAGCUCAUAUUUAUAUGCAAAAUCGUAAAUAA